GAGGUUAUGCAAAUAAAUUGUCGAACUUCGGCACAAAACGAAACUAUCUCACGGUAUAAAUACCAAAGCGUGUGUGACCACAGCGCAUUAAUUUGUUGGAUUCCGACAAGCGAUUACCUGGAACUAAUUACAAAAAUGUUCAAAUAUCUUAUCUUCUUUGUUGCCGUCGGGCUCAGUGUAGCCGCAAUUCCGAGACGUCCUUUCCACAGCCUUACCACUGGUGGUCGAUCUGCCGGYAUCAGCAGCAGGAGCUCGCAUUCAAGUGGCGAUGAAGCCCACGCAGAAAUAAAGGCCAUGCACUCCGAUGUGCGUUCAGAUGGCUUCGAGUACGCACUGGAGACCAGCAAUGGUAUUCAAUCUGCACAGUCGGGUGAUGCGAGCGGCAAUGUACAUGGCGAUUUCCAAUGGGUCUCACCUGAAGGUGAACAUGUGCAAAUCUCCUACAUUGCCGACGAGAACGGCUAUCAGCCAAAGAGUGAUCUUCUGCCAACCCCGCCACCAAUUCCAGAGGCCAUUCUCAGAGCGCUCGAAUACAUACGCACUCAUCCACCUAAAGAGGAACCGGAGCGCCGUGUUUCAGCUCCUUCCACCUCAUAUAAGCCCCCCAAGAAGCCAACCCCUCGUCGCAAAUAUUAAG